AUUAAUUUGAAUUUCAUGUUUACGAGGUUUAAUGUUCAGUGUUACUCCACUUGGCGUGGUGGGCGUGCUUUUUGCUCCACAAAGAUGAACCCUGGAGCAUCUAUGGAGAAGGACGCUUUCUAUGUUGUCCGUAAAGGGGACAUUGUUGGAGUUUACAAGAGUAUAAGUGAUUGCCAGGCUCAAGUUGGAUCUUCUGUAUGUGAUCCUUCUGUUAGUGUUUUCAAAGGCUAUUCCUUGCCUAGGGAGGCUGAGGAGUAUAUUGUCUCGCGGGGGCUCAAGAAUGCUACCUAUUCAAUUAGUGCUUUGGAUGUAAAAGAAGACCUUUUUGGCGAACUCAUGCCCUGUCCUUUUCAGCAUCCAUCUUCUCCUAAGGCUAAAACGUCCAAGAAGGAUUCUCCAAAAAAGAGAUCGCUGGAGGUGCUUGAAUCAGAUGGCAAUGUGGUCACAGAUGUGUUGGAUCCUGUAAGAAAGCAUAUCAAACUAGAAACUUCAGUUGCGGCACAAUCAAUCUCUUCUAAUUGUAACUCCUGUAUUCUUGAGUUUGAUGGUGCUUCAAAAGGGAAUCCUGGACUGUCUGGUGCUGGAGCUGUACUACGAGCUGAAGAUGGAAGUGUGGUCUACCGAUUACGUGAAGGUGUGGGCAUUGCAACCAACAAUGUUGCUGAGUAUCGAGCUGUGAUUUUAGGAUUGAAAUCUGCUCUUAAGAAAGGGUUUAAACAAAUUCGUGCACAAGGUGACUCCAAACUCGUCUGUAUGCAGGUUCAAGGUCUGUGGAAAACAAAGAACCAGAACAUGUCUGACUUGUGCAAGGUAGUCAAGGAGCUCAAGGACAAGUUUCUGUCCUUCCAGAUCUCUCAUGUUCUCAGGGAUUUCAACUCUGAGGCUGAUGCUCAAGCAAACUUGGCCAUAAAUCUUCGAGAUGGUGAAGUUCAAGAAGAUUGUAUCAAGAAGCAGCUCUAAUGAUUGGAGGCAAGUGGAUCUCAUAUGCACAUUUUGUGUUGCUAAUAGAGAUGCAGUGCAUACAUGAGCAUAUUCCUGAGAUUGGUUGAAAUUUGCAUUUGGGCAGGUGAUAAC